CGCGUCUGUUGUGCUAUAGCCUAUCGCGGCCGCAUGUCCAAUCGCCGGUUCACCAGGUGGAGUAAACCAUCCCCCAACCCGAGCUGGUUCUGCUUAUCAAGCACCAAGAUAACCACCCAGCUUGCUUAUAUCGGGGUCGCCGCCAGUUCAUCAUCCUCUUCGCGACGAUUCAUGCAACGCCUCCCACAUUAAUUCCCACGGCAAACCGAGUAUCACCCGGAGAGCUGUCUUGGGUGAACUGCUAUCGCCUAGCCACCAUAAUCAUGGUUUACUCAACGCUGUCUCCUCCCCUGGACCUGUCACAUCACUUCUCCUCGGUCACGAAGAGACGGGAGGCGAGCGAAACAAAGAGCCUGUAUAAGUACUUUUUCAUCCCAGGCAUUGCGAACUUGGCUGGUGGCCUACCAAAUGCGUCAUACUUCCCCUAUGAUACCCUCGAAGCUACCGUUGCCCAUCCUCAGCGUUUCCCCGCCACCUCCGACAAUGACCAGAUCAAGCCCCCCAGUGGCUCCCCUUCAACGGAGCGCAGAAUCGUCCCGAAAGAAAGCCCGACUACCAAUCUCCUGAAGAAAAUUGAUCUUACCACAGCCCUCCAGUAUGGAACAGCUGAAGGCCUCCCCGUUAUGGCCGAUUUCGUCCGGCAGUUCACUCGCAAUCACCUCCACCCGAAUGUCCCCUAUGCCGGCGGCCCUGGCACCCUUCUCACGUGCGGUGCCACCGACGGGUUUUCCAAGGCCAUUGAAACCUUUACUAACCCGUGGGACCCUCGUCGGGAUUGGAUCAGUCAACGUGAGGGCAUACUAUGCGAGGAAUUUGUGUACAUGAACGCAAUCCAAACCGUGAAGCCGCGGGGCCUUAACAUCGUUCCGGUAGCCAUAGAUGCGCAGGGCAUGCUUGCGCAUGGUAAAGGAGGAUUGGCCGACGUGCUUGAGAACUGGGAUUUCAAGAAGGGCCGUCUCCCGCAUCUGAUGUACACAAUCACUAUCGGCCAAAACCCGACGGGCGGGACCUUGUCGGUCGAGCGCAGGAGGGAGAUCUACGCUCUCUGUCGACAAUUCGACAUCAUCAUCAUAGAAGACGAUCCGUACUGGAACUUACAGUAUCCUUCUGCAACUGCUAUGGAGGCCGGAUUUCGAGGAUCAGAUGCCGUAGAUGUAAUUCCACGCAACUACAACGCCCACGGCAGGUCCUCCGGGUACGAUUUUCUGGAUUCCUUGGUGCCAUCGUAUCUCUCCGUUGAUACAGACGGGCGUGUCGUGCGUCUUGACACCUUCUCAAAGACCAUAGCUCCUGGUUGUCGCUUAGGAUGGAUUACCGCUCAGCCAGCUAUAAUCGAACGCCUGACUCGUCUCACCGAGACAUCAACUCAGCAGCCAUCAGGGUUUGUACAGGCCAUGGUGGCCGAACUGAUUGUGGGUCAGCAAUCCGAGGAUGGCCAGAAUGCCACAGGUGCAAGUAGGAAUAAAUCUAAAAAGAGCGAACAAGCCUGGCAGAUGGACGGCUGGGUUCGCUGGUUGGAAGGCCUUCGUGCGGGAUACGAACAACGCAUGACGACAAUGUGUACAAUUCUCGAAGAGGGCAAGUACCUCAUUGACUCCGGUAGCGCAUGGGACGAUGUACAACCCAUGGCAGAGGAUGAGACUGCCUGGGAAGUCCUGGAUAAGAUGCAGAUGUACGAGUUCUCCUGGCCCACCGGCGGUAUGUUUGUGUGGGUCAAGGUCUGCAUCGAGACGCACCCCUUGCUGGAGAAGUAUGGCCCGGAGAAGCUGAUCCAAGCUUUGUGGCUGCAUUUGAUGCAAAAGCCGUAUUUGUGCCUUUCGGGUCCCGGAACCAUGUUUGCUCCUACAACGGAGCUUCUGGACCGGGCGCAGACAUAUUACAGGUUGUGCUUUGCGGCGAUGCCUGCGGAGGAUGUGUUGGGCAUUACUCGGAGGUUGGUAGAUGGAUUUCGCGCGUUUUGGCAACGGAAGAAUCUCGAUGGCUUGGAUGAUGAGGAGGUUGCUCUUAGUAGGCUGCAGGCAAAGGGUUCAGGCAACUUGUUGGGUUUGGGCUGCUAGACUGGGUUGCUUGAAUAUACCAUGCAAUCUACAUUCGUUAUCUUGGACAGCGAUUAUAUACUAUUUUGGUUGGCGCAUAACUUUCAUAAAUUGAUUCACCUACGCACAACGGAAGUCGCCCUAGAGUCUAUGAAAAGAAACACAAUCGUUAUCUAGCAUCAAAAGAGUAUAUAUGUCAUUUGAUUUUA